CUGCAAUGUCCAUUUAUAUAAACAUUAAUGCAUGGGUUCUUACUUAACUAUGAUCCAACCACAGAUGCACCUUCUCUUCGAUUCUUACCAUUUCACUGUCUUAUGUUGUGCAGUUCUACUGGUUCUAUAUCGUGCAUACAGAAACCGAGUAGCAAUUUGUUUGCUAGACUUUACUUGCUAUCACCCACCGUAUUCGAGUAGAGUACCCAUGUCGCUUUUCCAAGAGCAUAUUCAUCUCGAUACCAGAUUUCACCCCAGUAGUGUUGAUUUCCAAAUGAAGAUACUCGAGAAAUCAGGGUUCGGGGAUGAAACAUGUAUUCCAUAUGCCUUUGCCGAAACACCUAUACAAAACAAACUUUCUUCUGCCAUAGAUGAGGCAGAGUCUACAAUUUUUUCAGUAGUGGCAGAUCUACUCAGGAAAAAUAACAUCAACCCUAAAGCUAUUGACAUUCUCAUAUCUAAUAGCAGCAUGUUCGCGCCUACACCGUCUAUUACUGCUAUGGUUGUCAAUAAAUUCAACAUGAGAAGCAAUAUCAUGUGUUUUAACCUAUCGGGCAUGGGGUGCAGCGCGGGAAUAGUGUCAGUUGGACUAGCUCGAGACCUAUUGAGGGUACACCAUAACUCUUUGGCUCUAAUUGUAAGCACUGAAACGCUAAAUCGAAAUUGGUAUACGGGUAAGGAUACAUCAAUGCUGCUUACCAAUUGUCUUUUCCGAACUGGGGGAGCAGCCGUACUAAUGUCUAGCCGAUCACAAGACAAGAAAAGGGCCAAAUACGAGCUACAGCACCUUGUUCGGACAAACAAGGCACAAGAUGACUGUUCUUAUAACUGCGUCUUUCAAGACCUAGACUCUGAAAACAAAGUAGGAGUAUCAAUAUCAAAGGACAUACUACAUGUCGCAGCAGCUGCAUUAAAAGUAAACAUUUCUACACUUGGACCUCUAGUUUUGCCAUUCUCAGAGCUACUGAGGUAUGUAAUUUCUGUAACUCGCAGAAAAAUACGAAUACUGAAGACGAAAAGCUUCUACAUACCAAAAUUUAAACGAGCUUUUGAACAUUUCUGCAUACAUGCUGGAGGAAAAUCAGUCAUUCAAGCAAUUGAAAGGAACCUAGUGCUGGAAAAAGAAGAUGUUGAACCAUCUAAGAUGACUCUCUACAGAUACGGAAAUACUUCAUCAUCAUCUAUAUGGUAUGAGCUAUCCUACAUAGAAGCAAAAGGGAGGAUGAAAAAGGGAGAUAGGGUGUGGCAAAUUGCAUUCGGGAGUGGGUUCAAGUGCAACAGUGCAGUGUGGAAAUGCAUUUACGACAACAGAGAUGAGGCAGCAAGUGCAUGGACCGCAGAUGAAAUUAUCAAAUAUCCAGUAGAAUUAUCACAUACUGCUAAAUAAAUUGAUGCUAGUAUAACUAAUGAUCAAUCAGUUGCUAGAGUUAUCCUAAUUCUCAAUUAUGAUUGGUAAAAAAUCUGUAAGACAAUUAACAACUAAGCAGUAAGUAAUCGCAUUUCACAAUCA